CAGGCAGUGUGGUCGUACGACAAGCUUACCGGACUCAGAAAUCAUGGCAAGGGGACUAUCGGUUUAUCGCGGGGAUAUUGCGGGGAUAUCUUUGGAACUGUCCAUUCAUCUUCCUCUUCUUUUAUUCAUCUUCAUCGUGUUGCCACAUGAUUGGCUGACUGGAUAAUUGCAUGCAUGAGCAGGUGUCCUACUAAUCUGAUUGGUGUUUGCAGCAACAAGGUUGUGGUUCCAGAGCAUAUUCAAGUUGUGCUUGGUAAGAAUGCCACGCUGAGCUGCAGGGUGCACGUGGGUGCCAACCUCAGCUUGACACAAAGCUCCUGGGAACGCAACUUGCCCAUGGGCUCUCUCACAGUGGCAGUAUUCAAUCCACAGUUCGGCAUCUCCAUAUCUGAGGAGUACAUAAAUCGCGUCCAUUUUCUCAACCCAUCAGUAGAGGAUGCCUCUAUUGUGUUGGAGGGAGUAGGCUUUGCAGAUAUUGGCUCCUAUAUUUGCAAGGUGGUCACCUUCCCACUGGGUAACUCACAGGCCUCUACAGUCAUUGACAUCAUGGUUGAACCCAAAGUAUAUGUGUUGGCGGGUCCUGAUCCUCUGGUGGAUGGUAAUGUGGAGGGUGUGGUGGCAACAUGCAUGGCUGAAAGGGCCCGUCCCCCGGCUGAUGUCUUCUGGGAGGCGGAGCUUUACGGACGCUCAGAGCAGAUCAUUCAGGAUGAACCUGAUGGCACCACCUCCACGCAGGUGGACUACAUCUGGGCACCCAGUAGCCAUGCCCUUAACCACGCCCUCACCUGUGUGGUACGCCACCCUGCCCUGGCUAUGGACUUGCGCAUCCCCUAUGUGCUGAACAUACAAUUUGCUCCAGAUGUCAUGGUUGAAGUCCAGAAUGAUGUUUGGUAUGUGGGACAAGAAAAUGCAAAGUUGGACUGCAGAGCAAAUGCCAAUCCUCCUCCUCAUCACUUCUUCUGGACCAGGAUCAACAUGCAGAUGCCUACAGGAGUUAAGAUGACAAACAGCAGUCUGGUCUUCACUCGUCCUCUGCAGAGAAAUGAUUCUGGAACGUAUAGAUGUGAGGUCCAGAACAAGGUUGGACUACAUUCUCAGGAGGUACACAUCUGGAUACAUGAGCCUCCGUCUAUGCCUUCUGUCCCUGCCACUACCACUGGAGUCAUUCCUGGCCUUUAUAGCUCAACACCCACCCACUUCCGUGCCCACUUCACCUCCCCAACGCUGGCAUCACUGCAUGAUGAUACGAUGGGCAGUGUGUUGGGCAGUGCCAUAGGAGGCACACUUGUACUGGUUCUUCUGCUGGGUAUUGCUUUGCUGUGGUACACCCGUCAGCAGCGUACAUUCCGUGGUGAUUACUACACCAAGCAGUACAUUGGGCCCUCAUAUAUGCAGAAAGAGUCCAUUGAGCUUCAUGACACCUUUAGAGAUGACUUGGCUAAUAGCAGCCAAGACCUGAAACACAAACUUAAUGGUGAUAUACCUGAUACACAGAUAUACCACAGUUACAGAAAAAACAAAGGCUGCUGGGUGAGUUAUUGCCCUGAAAACUCUAACAUUAACACAACUGGGAACACCAGCACCCCCUACCUGCAAGAGAAGAGGUACAAUAUGGCCACAGACUGUGACUAUGUGUCUCACAAGGACGGAUCUGUUAUCUCUCGUAGAGAAUGGUAUGUGUAAAUAUGUGAGAUGGUUAAUGGGAGACAAGAUUUUACAGAAUACAGUAUUCGCAAACUCUUAAAAUAAAGGAAAGAUUUUUAAAAUGUAUAUCAGGCAUAUUAAAGGCUGUAUUAUUUUCUAGCUAUUACCUCUAGGGGGUUGAUAUUGCACAGCAAAUGUCUGUGUUGUUUUGUGCUUUUAAUCCCAAGAGAGAUCAAAGGGUAGCCUGAAGCAAUGAAAACAAGUUGGAAUACUGUAUAUUGCCUCCUCUUUCCUGUGCCCUUGUUUAAAAUUUCUGAUUCAGUUUUAGUUACUUAGAGAUUCUUAUGUUUUGCGUAACAAAUACAAUGAAAAGUAAUUACAUUGUAUUGUUUGUAUGUUCUAACAGUCUGAAUAAUUUUUCCAUUGUUCAUAUUAUUGCAAAAAAUUGCAUCGUUUGUAGUUUCCCUGGACUGUAAAGAUAAUGAAAAACAUCACAGAUUUAAAGUGAAAAUCUACAUAUCGCACUCUUGUUUAAGUACACAUAUACUUUCUCUGUUUUAACUUCUUGUGUUUUCAGUUUUUAAGAAUUAGUGGGUAUAAUAUGGAAAAACUUAAUGAAUGAGUUCCUCAGCACUUGAUGUGUGUUUUAAGUUUAGAUGAUGAAAUGGAAGGUUGCAUAAACUCUAGUAAUGCUAAACAAUUGGGUCUAAAGAUAGCGUGGUUCCUCAAACUGUCCAGUUCAGGAGGCGAUAAUGUAGUGCCUCCUGAGCCUUAGUACCAAUCAGCUGCACAGGUACUGGUGGCCCGUGGCACAGAGUGUUUUUUGCCAAGCUCUGGCCAACUUGCCUUCUCAUCUGCAUGAACAAUACUGGUGAUCUACCGCAUACUGCCUGUAAGAAUUCUGUACCUAUUGUACUUGCAGUUUCGGGCAUUUAGUGGCCAGUAGAAUCUGUGCCACCAUGUUUGAGAUACAAUGCACAUUUUUCAUAGCCUCAUACAGUUUGUAAAUCACCAUGUCAGCUCCUUUAUAUUCAGCUGCAUGCAGCACUGAUUAACGUGCAGGGCUUCAUCAGCCUGAACCAUUACUGAGUCCACUGGUGUCUCUACCGUACAUGUUAUCAACCUUCUCAGUACUUCUAUAUCUGUCACUGCAGCCAGUAUAUAUGCUUUUUUCUCUGGCUGCAGCUUCAGUGUGCUUACUUACUUCAGAUAUAUGGUGGGAUAUCCCAGUCAUUCACUUUGCUGAAUAUUCCAUGAAAUGGGUUAGGCAUUCAAUCAGCUGUGUUAAAUGGAUGAUCCAUGUUCAUUAAUAUCAGACUACAGCACAUUCGCUGCUGCUGAGCUGAACUUCUCCAUUAUGUUCUGAUCAUAAGAAUGCUUCAGUGGGGGGCUAUCAGCACUCUCCUCCAGGGUGGCAUCAUUAGAGAAGCUGCAGCUAAAUUGCAGCCUUAGGACUGCAAAUUGCUAAGAACAGUUGACACUGAAGUUGCCAUCAUAACAUUGAAUUAUUUGAACAGACUUUAAGUUAAAACAAUAAUGAAUUCAGAAAUGACUCUGAUGCUCAUAAGCUCAUAAGUUCCUGUUAACACAAUUGCACUUUUUGACUAUAUAAUUAUACAGUUAGAGAAGAGAAACAAUUUAUUUAUAAUCACACUAUUCAGUAUCACCCAGAUGAGGAUGGGUUCCCUUUUGAGUUUGGUUCCUCUUAAGGUUUCUUCCUCAUGACAUCUCGGGGAGUUUUUCCUUCCCAUCGUUGCCUCUGGCUAAAUUUCAGAUUUAUAUCUGGAAUUUAUAUAUUUUUGUAAAGCUGCUUUGUGACAAUGUCCAUUGUUAAAAGCCCUAUACAAAUAAAAUUUAAUUGAAUUAGAGAAUUAGAAACAGUUACUGAGAAUAUAGUGCAUGAGGCAGCUAUAUGAAGCUUCUAUGUUCUGCACUUCAUUACUCUGUUGCAUUGUUGCUAAUAGCUCUUGCAUUUGGCCCACUGCCAACUCCUUCACUCUGCAUUCAAUCAUGCCGCAAAGGAGCUUACCAUUUUUUCCAAGAGGUUCCAUAGUAGUGUCUGCUGUUUGCUUAACUCUCAGCUGUGACUGUCCGGAAUUAGAGGAAAAAUACUAUGAAUAGUAAUCGUAUUACUCACAUGUUAGUAUUCAGAAAGCUCAACACGUCGACAUUAUGCUGCAGUAAGGGCAAGGCUCCGUAUGUGCUUGUCAAGGAUGUUCCAGAACAAUUUAAUAAUGUCAUUCAUUAUCCAAAUACAUCAGCCUGGCAGAACAAAUGAAAUUCGACACAAUAAUCCAUGUGUCUGUCUAACACACUCAAAGUUAGCAAGAAUAGUAAUGUCAGACACUCAAAGUACCAUCAUCCAAGGUUUUCAGUACAUGUACAUAUUUGAAUCAACUUUCUAAUACCUCUGCAAGAUGAAAAUGGGAAAGAGGACAAAUGUGGGGUCAUAGUCAGAAUUUGAUGAAUUUACUGUUGGUACACAGCAAGGAAAUAAGCACAUGAUAAUCCCCACUAGUUCAGAAGAAACUGUCUUGCCUGUCAGAAACAUAGGCAAGAAAAACAAUGGUAAUAUUUUAAAAGCUACUGCUUAUUUAGGUCUUACCAUCAACAGCAAGAAAACAAUAGGUUAUUCAUCUCAAGGUCAGUCAUGGGACUCAUGUAGUAGUAGUAGAUGAAACAGACCAAGACUGGCAAUAGCAGGUCUACUGGCAAUUGCAACUUGCAAGUCGGUUAGAUUCUGAUUUGUUUUUUACCUCCUCCACCCUUGCUGUCCUCUCCAUUGAUUUGCCAGCACCACUUCUAACAAAGCACAUCUGCUGCAUGUGCUGCUCAGGCUGCUUCCUAAAGACAAACCUCACAUCAAAGGUUAGGCUUUUUAAUUAAUGUUUCCCGACAUUUGCUCUCUAAACAACUUCCAUCCACUUCAGCUUCAAAUAUGUGCACGUGUUUUACUUAGAAAUUAGGAACAGCUAUUUUAACAAAAGGAUAUUUAAUUUGAAGGAGGGUCUUUUGACUAGUUCUGUAUAAAAGAAAAUCUGGUUAAUACAUAUCUAAUUUUUAAAAAAAUUAAAUACUAUUAAUUAGUUUUAUAUCUGAUUUCAAAAUGGUUUGACUUGCGUUUGUAAAAUUUAGACAUAUUUGUGUUUGACUAAUUUCUUUUUGAAAAUGUCUUUACUUAAGUUCCAGACCUACCUAGGUAAAGCAGUUACUGAAGAUGAAUGAAUAAAUGAAUGAUAGUGCAAAGGAUAGUGCAAAAAUCAUCAUACAUGUUUAGGGUAUGUUUGUGUUUGGAUGGUCUGUGCAAUUGGUGAACGUUGAAAUGUUGACGCAUCACUGGAUAUUUUGUACAAUAUAGCUGUGAAGUACUAGUCAUCCAGAUGUAGUAAAUAUUCUUGUAUAUAAAUAUCUUGGCAGGGAUUUAUGUGUCAUUGGGAUAAAUAAUAUUUUUCUAUAAAAAAACAUUUGCAGAGAACAUGAGUGCUUGCUGUUUCUUAUAUUAGUUCUUUUGAGUUGAUUUAUUACUAUGUAUGUAGUAGGGUCAUGUCUCGAUUGAAAGACAGUUAAUUUGUUUUGAGAUGCCUUCUGUUUCUAAUUUAAAAAAAAAAAAACAGGAUUGUAUUAUUUUAGUGUGUGUCCAGCAAACUUACACAACCGAGGGUAAUAAUCCGAGGGAGAUAAAAAUAUUCAGAUAUGUUUUUUUUUUUUGUUAACAACUGUUUUGAGUAUUCAUUUCAACAUAAUAAAGAACAACAGUACAGAGCAAAGAAAAACCAAACAAGCCAGGACCCACCCCUCAACCCAUCCCACCCAUGGUAGACUCCAAGGAUAUAGACAUAAACACAAAAUUGUAAAACAAAUAGAAAAUAUACAGAAGUUCAUAAAGAAGAGAGAAAUGUUGGCACAAUAUCAAAAGCAGCAUGCCAUAUAUCCAAGGUCUUAGAUUGAGCCACAUGUAUACAAGCAGUUGAGAGUUCCAUAGAUAUAAUGCUCAGUAAAUACACAGCCCAUGUCCACCUGCCCAUCAUGUGAGGAGGAUUCCAGCAAUUAAUUAACAGUUUUUCAACACUAUGAGGGCAGCCAACUAAUAAACUCCUUUGUCAGGUGGAUAAGGCAAGGUCCCAAAAUUCAUUCAGAAGGAAGAAGCGUGGAGUCAAAACUAAAUCCAUGCCCAGCAAAUAUGACAAGUCCUGUGAGAACAGGGUCCAAAAAAGGCAAAAGAGAAGGACAAUCUCAGAAGAAAUGUAGAUAUGUGUCCAGAGACCCUUGAGAGCAUAAAUUACACUUAGGAGAAGAAGCCCAGUUUAUGUACAAUCAUUUCAAAGGACUCAAAUAAACCCUAUGUAGGGUUUCCAGUGGAUCAUUACAUUUACAUUGUUGUGCGUCCAUUGAAAGGGUAGCUGCAUUACCUGACAAAAGAUGAUAGCUAUGGAAGAUAGGCAAAUGAUGGUGCCAGAUUGUAACUCGUUGUAAUUGCCUUUCAAUAAUCGCCUUCAAGGUGAGUUAUAAUAGGGCCGAAACGUAAUUUAUAUUGCCUAAGCGAAAUUCCAGAAAAAACAAGAUGCUUCAAUUCAUAAGGAGAAACAAAGUUCUCCAUGACAUUGAAACAUCAGGAUCAAACCAAACUGACACAUGGUGAAGAGUAGACGCUUAUAAUUUAAAGUUGGGGAAAGACAGACCUCCAUCCAAUCUGCUGCGCUGUAAAUUAAGCAGCUUAAUUCAAGGACGUUUUCCAUCCCAUAUAUAAUGAGAGACAAUCCAUUUAAGUUUGUUCCAAUAGCCAGCACGAACCGCACAUUCACAGACAUGCUAAAAUUGUUGCCAAAGCAAUCACAGGAAAGCAGAGCCAUAACUUUAGGCAAAGGGAUUCAAGAGUGAUUUGUAGUUUCACUCAUGAUGUGUAUGUUUGACCAUGGACAGUGGUGGAAUUCUCUGACUGUAGGAGGAAAGGUCUAGUUGAACAAAUGGGCAGCAGGUUGGCACUGCUGCUGCAGCUACCGCUAUGCUGUGACCUGUGGUGUUGUCUGUUGCUACUUUGAACGGUGGUUGUGAUUACUACUGCUCUGAACCUGAAAAUUUUUUUCUUCUUGCAAUUUAAAAACAUCUAAGAUAUUUAUGUUUUUUCUCAUCAGUCUGGGCCUUUUUUCCCCACUUUGUGCAAGUGUCUGCACCAAACUUAUAUCUGUCUUUCUAUAUUGUGUUUGUUUUUUUUAUUGAAAAUUGCCCAAUAAAAAUGCCUUUUGAUAUUAAACCUAUUAUAAAUAUAAUAGCACAUUAACCAGCUAGAAUGGCAGUAGACAAAUUUGGUGAAGACUGGACAAUAUUUGGUGGAGGAAUACCAAAAAUGUCACUUAGAUGGAAGCAUUUUGGCAUGUUACUGUAACUUUUGACCAGUAAGCGGCGCUGUAAUGAAAUUUGUUAUAUAUAUAUAUAUAUAUAUAUAUUGUCCAGGUUGGUCUGAAGAUGAUGUAUGCCAAAUUCGGUGUUGAUUAGACAUGAUUUGUAGGAGGAGUAGCAAAACAACCAUUUUUGACAAAAUCCAAGAUGGUCAACAGGAAGUAAACUUGAAUUUCAGAUGUUGGUGUCCAUUCACUUCAGCAUACUCCAGGGAAUUAUAGGAAAAAUGAUCUGUGAAUUGAGCACAAAUUCUUCAGAUAUAAGGAAAAAAUGAAAGUUGUUAUAGUUCUUGACCACAAGGUGGCACAGUCAUAAAACUUCAUGGUCCUGAAUAUAUGUAUCAAGUUUCAUGAUGAUACGUAGAUGCAUUGCUGGGAUACACCGUCACAUCCUGUUUUUUGCAUUUGCCAGCACGUUACAGGAGAACAAUUUUGAAUAUCAAAAUUCCUUUGAAAACUUUUGUUCAGACAGGUCUCAAGAUAUCACGUUUGGUGAAGAUUGGACAAAAUUUGGAGGAGAAGUAGCAAAAAUUGCAGUUAGAUGUAAAAAUUUUUAGCAUGUUAUUAUAACUUUUGACGAGAAGGUGGCAUGGAAUUUGUUGCAUAGCCUCAGGUCAGGGUUGUGAAGAUGCCAAAUGCCUGUCUUUUAAAUUUUAGACACACGGUUCAAAAGUUAUUACCAAAAACGUACUUCCAAAUUAGGCCUAAAUUUGACCCAAUAGUGGCGCUAGAGCGUUGGAAGCACUUGGCCCAAAUUUGGUCAGAAUGUUCUUUAGACCCUCUCCAAUCAGUGUACCAAAUUUCACAUCUUUUUACCAGACAGUUCUAUGAAGACCUGUGCUCCACUCUGAGAGAAAGGGUUUAAUUUAAGUAAGCCAUGUCAAGGCUAUACAACACUCAAGUAAAUUAUGAUGGCAAAGUGAAUGGAUUCAGUAUUGUAGAAAAGAUUAUGUAACUCCUGUGCCCAUUAAUGAAUUUACAAGGCAAUGGUGGACCUGUCAGAUAACCAAUGCUUGUAAUAUCAUUAGACAUCCCAAUUUUGUAGAAGUAAUUUUGUUCUAAGUGUACACAUACUUUAUGUACAACAUAAAGUAAUGUGACCUCAGUUUUUCAGGUAAAUACAGCCUUUGAAGAAACACCUUUGAAAAAUUUGUGACCUUUUGAGUCCAUUUAUAUUGCUUAAUCUGAAUAUAGAAGCUGUUGGAAUUUUGUGGGUCAUCUGUGUUAAUUCUUGCCAAAUCUUUUGCUGUUUUUUCCAGCUUUAAAUACCUUUAGUAAUUACGAGUAUCUAUGUAUGUCACUUUUGCACAGCAUACCCUCUCUGACCAUUACAGCUAAAUUUAGAGUCAUUAGGUAUAAAUCGAUAAUGUAAAUGACCUGACAAGACAUUUUGCAGCAGUGUAGUGCAAUGUUCUGUAAGCAGAUUUUCUUUUGCAUAAUUACAGAUUGUGCUGAGUGUGGUUGUUUUACUAACUUUUAGGAAGGUGCCAGCAGACACCCUGCAGUGUUUCCUAUUUUCUUCUAACCAUUAAAUGCUGCCAGUGAAUAACUGUCCAUAGAUGGCAGUAUAAAACUGCAAUUUAGAUUUACAAUGUCUGUGAUUUGAUGUUUCUGCAUGACCAAAUGUACCAACAGAAGCCACUAUUUCAUUUGAAUCAAUGCAAUGCAAUACAUAGGUUAAAUUAUAGUUAUAGCAAAAAUCUGGUCAAUAUGAAUGUCCUCACUAUUUUAAAUGCGUUACUUUAAAUAAUACAGUUAAAUGAUUAAUUACUCCUGAAUUCACACAUUAAUCCUCCUGUUUUUAUCAUUAUAUUCUAUUUAAAGAAAUAAUUCUAAAUAAUAAUCAUCAAAAAAAAUCAUAAAUACACAAGUGAUGAUACACAAGUGUUUUAAUAUUUCAAAUGUUCACUUCCCAUGUAGAUAUACGCAAUAUAAACACUUUUAUAGGCACACUUGUAACCCUACUAUUCAAUCAGCCAAUUAUGUGGCAACAACACUAUGCAUAAAAUCAUGUACAUACAGAUUAAGAGCUUCGGUUAUUGAUCACAUCAAACAUCAGAAUGGUGAAAAAUGUGAUAUCAGUGACCAUGGCAUGGUUUUUGGUGCCAUAAACAAUAAAACCAUUUGGAUUUGGAUUUUAUCUUUUAUGUUUUUGGUGCCAAAAACAUAAAAGAUAAAACAAUAAAACAAAAAAGUCCAGUGAGCGGCAGUUCUGCAGGCAGAGGUCAGAGGAGAAUGGGCUGACUGGUUUGAGCUGACAGGAAGUCUAUUCAAAUAGCCACUCCUGAGAACCGUACCAUGGCGGAGAGUUUGUAUGAUCAUUCUGAGUGGUCUCGGGAUUUCUCUUCUGUGUGGCAACUUGUCUGUGCUCACUGUGUGGAUCCAUGGCACAGUGUUCCGAGUGGUGUUGCCUGGUGGCAUUGCAGCUGUACAGGCUGUUUGAAACAUACCUGUUGUAACAGUUAAACCUGUCACAGUAGGUGCGAUUCUCUUCCAUGACAGUGGAGGACGCCAAGGAGUAAGAAUAGAGGCCUAACCUCAUUUGGAUUACUUUUAUUAUUUUUCUUUUUUUUUUACUUGGUCUAUUCAUCAUACUCUUCAACUUGGACAUCGAUCUGCCUCGGUCAACAUCUCAUCGAACACCACAGUUAAGCCAUUUGGACUGUUUAUUUUUAUUUUUUUUCAACCAUAAUACUGCAGUGAUAAACUUUGUUGCUCUAGUUCAUAGCGCUGCUUAACUACAGUGUUAAUGUGUUAUGUAUUGUUAUUUUCAUGUUGUUGGUUUAUGAUUAAUGAUUAUGUUACUUAUUAUACUGAUACAGAUUAUCUCCAUUGUUCAUAAUUCACAAAUCAUGUAAACUCAUUUGGCAAACUCUACAUUGACUCUGAAGGGGAGCAUGAGUCAGAAGGAGGUGGCUGUGGCAUGGAUGAAAUCUGUGAUGACUUUGCUUCCCCUCCAGUGCUGGAGCAACAUGGAACACUUGUUUUGGACCUGGUGGAAAAUCUCGCUCAGAGAGUUACUUCACUUGAGGGGCAGUAGGCAGAUUGUUUGAAGAAGGUAAGUGAAUGUGUUACAGAUGUUGAAGUGGAAGUCAGAUGCAGAGCUGUGGAAGAUAAAAUGGAUUAUCGCCGAAAGGGAAUGUGAAUGGGUCAGGAAGGUAUUGGAGUUAAACAUCCAGGAUCUGGGAAUAAACAUCCAGGAUCUGAGAAAGUCAUUAGUAGAUUGCCUUGCCAGACGUGAUGCCCAGAUUGAAAGAAAGCCUGUACACCCAUGAUGUCCACACAAGUGCAUUUUCCGCCAAGCUCAGUUCCCACCCCUGCAGUCUCUAAAGUGUCCAAUAAAAGUAAUCAUAUACAUAAUCCAUUACCACCCACAGACAAUAGUCCACUCAUUUCCUAGUGUCCUCUCAUUAUUAUUGCUUUCCCCAUGCUUCGGCAAGUGUCAUGAGGACAACCGUGAAUUAGGUAAAUUAGCUUGCUUGCUUCGGAGCAUGGUGAAGGAUGUAAGAGUGUUGGUGAGGAUUGGAACGCAAAUAGAGUGAGACUUUGAGGAAACCAAGCACUUUUGGAGCAGCAUUAACUCAGAGUAACAGAAGAAGAAAGCACAACACAUACGAGGCACAGCUACCCAGUCAUCUACGGCCAAUAUACAUACCAUACAGUCAGUACAGCCAGGCUCCAAGCCCAGUAAGCAAGAUUUGAAGAUGGUCUCUUUACCUGUUCUUCUGCAUGGCUGGUAUUUCCAAGCAAUGGAGGAUACUGGAAGCACUUACUCUUUGAUCGACGAAUCCUGCUGGAGGCAGUUGGAGCCAAAAGAGCGAUGGAAGUCAAGUGGAGGGCAGACCUUCAUGUUGGCCAAUGGAAACGUGCAGACCGCACUGGGGUGAUCGAACUGGGAAUGUGAGGUGCAAGGACAAGAAUUUGCAGUGACACUAUACCUGAAGAGGGACACCGAUCUAACUCUUCCUUUAAUCUUGCGAAUGGAUUUCUUGCUUUCUUUUGACAUCAUACUGGAUUUCAGAAGAGGCCAGUGCAUCUUGCCUUCAAAGUCAGAUGGUGAAGAUGAGGUAUAUACAUUCAUGCCUAGUGAAUUAUCUUCUCUUCCACAUUUACACUUCUGUCUUGCUCUGUCUUCCCUUAAAGAGUCAUUUGACACCACACAGUCAAUCCAGCAAUUGGUCCAAGCAGCUGACACAACAGAAGAGUUUAUGUCUUUGUUAGAAGGGAUAUUGAAAGAAUGGCCAACUGAUGAGAUCAGACAUACCAAAAUUGUCAAACUUUCUGUUAUCACUCACGAUGAAAAGCCUCUCAGAAAAGACCUUACUGUGUUUCCCUGGAGAAACAACAGAUCAUUGACAAGGAAAUUCAAGAGAUGCUGUCUAAACGGAUUAUAAGCCUUCAAUCUCUCCCUGGGCCUUUCCUGUAGUGCUAGUACAAAAAAGGUGUUAGUACAAGAUUCUGUGUUGACUACAUGGCUCUUAACAUGAAGACAUAUAUUGCUAACCAAUGCCCCAAAUCCAAGAGAUCUUAGAGUUGUUGCACACAGCCACAGAAUUCAGCACAGUGGACCUCAAAUGUGGUUACUGGAAAGUGAAUAUGGAACCCAAUAUUAUAUAGAAGACAGUGUUUGUAACCUCUUCAGGUCUCUGUGAAUUUCUUUGUCUUCCCUUCGCCAUUAAAAAUGCCGUAACCUCUUUCCAGCAGUUCAUGGAAUCCAUGUUGAAAGACCUCAAGGGUAAACACUGUUUCAUCUCCAGAGAUGAGGCAGAACACCUGGCAAAUCUUACCCAAGUGUUUAGCUGUCUGCAUAAAGCAGGUCUUACCUUAAACCUAAAAAAAGUGCAACCUCAACUUCCCUCACCUAUAUAGGAUAUGUUGUGUCUGGAGGAGGUGUGAAGAUGGACCCAGCCAAGGUUGGUGAGCGGUUGGUGAGUUCCCUACCCUACAGUCCCUCAAGGAUGUGCAGAGGUUUUUAGGCCUCAUGGGAUAUUACUAUCACUUUUUUCCCUGUUUUUCAGAGCAAGUGGCACCCUAGCACACAUUAAAACAAGAAGGCGCUACUUGGGCCUGGUCCAAAGACUGUGAGAAGUCUUUUAUUGACAUCAAGCAAACAUUGACUGAAGCUCCUGUUUUCAUUCCUCCUUAUUUAAGCAAACCAUUCAAAGGCCAGACAGACACCAGUGAGGUUGGUCUGGGAGCCGUGUUGACCCAGGAAACAGAGGGUAAUGAACAUGUCAUUGCAUAUGCCUCCAGAUUGUUCCGUGGUACUGAAAAAUCAUAUUCAGUGUCUGAGAAUGAAUUUUUGGCCACUGUCUGGGCUAUUGAGAAGUGGAGACCUUACCUGGAGGGACAGCAAUUCGAGGUAAUCAUGGAUCACACUGCAUUAUCUUGGGUUUUCAACCAUCCCAAACCCUCUUCCAGAUAAACACGCUGGACCAUUCAGUUGUAAGGCUUUGACUUCAUGGUAGAGUAUUGCAAAGGUCAAUGUGAUGUGGUGCCAGAUACCCUUUCAAGAAGCAUGGGUGAACCAAUGGCUCUGGGAAUGCUAGCUGUAUGUAAAGCCUCAAAAGCAUCUAUAAGUCCCAGUCACUCGUACUGAGCUAGCAGAUGCUCAACAAAGUGACCCUGAGGUUAAAGAGCUAGCUUUAAAAGCCACCUCUCAGGUAGAUCUCAACACCAACAGAAUCCAGUAUGUUGUCAAAAAUGGUUACCUGUUCCAUAAUGUGCCUCCUGACAAGCAACAAGGACAAAAGCUACAGAUGGUCAUCCCAAAGUGCCAUAGAGGAGAACUUCUGAGGUUCGCUCAUGACAGUCCAUUGAGUGGGCACUUUGGUCUUCUGAACACCCUCCUCCACUUGCUGGAAGUUGCUUACUGGCCUAGUCUUUGAAAUGUGUGGAAAUAUUGCAAAGACUGUCAGGUAUGCCAGAAAUACAAACCCUCCAACACCAAGCUGUCAGGGCAGUUGCAGUCAACUCCUGUGGUAGAGCCAGGGCACAUGCUGGGAGUGGAGCUGAUGGGACUAUUUCCCAGGAGUACUAAGCAAAAUGAAUACCUCCUAGUAGUGGUGGUCUGUUGCUCUAAAUGGGUGGAAUUGUUCCCAAUGGGGACAGUAAAACCACCUCAAGUGGCAUGAAUCCUGGUGAAGGAGAUAUUCACUCAGGGGGGUACCCCGGCCUAUCUUGUGUCAGGUCACGUGCACAGUUUACAUCCCAUCUCAUCACUGGUAUGCCAGCAAUGGGGAGCUGUUCAGAAAUUAACCACCACUUACCAUUACAUGCGAACUGUUGAAGAGGCAGGAGGAUCUGGUGCAUCAGGGAGAAUGUUGUAAGAGUUCAACUAAAGCAAUGAUGGUAGGACAACCAAAGGAGAAAGCAAGCGUUCUUCUCAGAGGGAGACUUGGUCUGGGUUAGGGCACACCCUUUGCCAAGAGCAGAGGCUAUGGGCAUAUGGCUAAACAGGCAGCUAAAUGGAAAGGUCCUGCAAGAGUUUGCAAAAGUCUCAAUAGAGAAAGGAGACCUCUUCCUUUUGGGCCUUCUCUUACUUGGCAGUAUGGCCUGGGUUAGCUAGUGCCCCUAGCAGGCCAAACAUUUAAAGGUUAAAGGACUUAUGUUCUUAUGUUUAACUAGAGUGGUCUGUUGUUCCUUUUUUGUACUUGUAUGGAGUAUGUAUUGUCUGGAGCUUGCACCACAACCCUUUUUCUUAGGUUGUAGCCUAAGAAAAGACUAAAAACCGUUGAACUGUUCUUGAGCUGUCCAGAGUGGUCUAACCUUAUGUGGAUUACUUUUUGAUUUUUCUUUUUGUUUUUUUUUUUACUUGGUCUAUUCAUCAUACUCUUCAGCUUGGACAUUCAUCAGCCUGGGUCAACAUCUCAUCGAACCCCACAGUUAAGCCAUACUUUCCAACUCUAAUACUGCAUGAUAAACUUUGUUGCUCCAGUUCAUUGCACUGCUUAACUACAGUAUUACUGUGUUAUGUAUUGUUAUUUUCAUGUUGUUGGUUUAUGAUUAAUGAUUAUAUUACUUCUUUUACUGAUACAGAUUAUCUCCUUUGUUCAUAAUUCACAAAUCAUGUACGUAUUUGAUAAUGUUGUAUGGUGGAUUUCAAUGCUAUUAAUAUGAAGGGUUUUUUUUUCACAUUCCACAGACUCUUGUGUAUGCGAC